AUGUCAGAAGAGAAUAACCUUUGCAUUAAUAAAUGUGGGUUUUUCGGUACUGCUGAGAAUAUGAAUAUGUGUUCUUUCUGUUACAAAAAAUAUAUGGAGAAACAAUCGUUAGCUGAAAAGGUGGCAAAGAAAGCGAAGGGGAAAGAAGAGAGCGAAGCAGCAGAAUGGGUAUAUCCCGAGGAACAUAAUUGUUCUUUUGAUCACAAGAGAUUUGGGCGUCAAAGUCUUGCAAAAAAUAAUCCCCUAAUCAAGGGAUCCAAGAUUGACAAACUAUAA